AUGGCUCCCCCGCCAUCUCGUGCGGAGCUCAGGCCACCAUUUUUGGCUCUUUUCCUCCACGUGCCCCCUUCAAACCCUCCACCGCCAGCCGUCUACAUAACGCCUUCGAUUAACCCCCAAAAGCUUCAUCCCACACUCCAAAACCCCUCCCAUCACCAAUGGCGUCCUCCGGCGGCGGAAGCUCAGCCAACGGUGACCAUCUUCUCCCGACGGCACAACGCGCUGCGUACGUCCGGGAUCUGUACCGUCGGCCCUUCCUCCGCCGCGAGAGUCCCUAAUUUGGGGGCUCUCUGUUUUCCUCCUCUUCGCGAGCCCCUCCGUCCUGAUCUUCGUAUUGUCUCCGCCGCCAUGGCCGCCGGAGACGCCGCCGCUGUCUGCAACAUCACCUUCCUCCUCACAAACCCUAAUCGCCGUCUGAGGGCCAUAUACAGCCGAAUUGAAAUCUCUCUGUUCUAUCCACCCCAGCAGGUCCUGCUUUCGGAGGUUCACCGCCCGCCGUUGGCCCAGGCCACGAGAAGCCAAAUCUCAAUUGAAACAGAUCUCAGUUUUAAUGGCGGCACUUUGCGAAUUGAACUGGCUGAGUCGAUUAAGCAGCACAAAAGUCUGAGGCUUCUCAAACUCCAAGGACGAUAUUGUAUAGGGACAUUUGUGUAGAAGAAGAUUAUAUUGCAAUUAGAGUUGGGGUUAAAUUUGUCAGAUAAAAAAGUGGAAGAUGUUUUGGGAUAUCCUUAAUCCUUUGGCUUCAUUUGGCGAUUUGCAUGUCAGCCCCAAGGGCCAAAAAGUAUCUUAUCUCAUUUGGCAAAAAG